AAAUAAAAAAGGAAAAAAAAAUAAAAAAGGAAAAAAAAAUAAAAAAAAAGGGCAAACCAAACCCACACAAAACAUGUGCGGAAGGACUUCCACUCCCUGGCUGUGCUAUUGAGGAUCAGGAAGAGCCUUUGGGGGCUGCAGGAUCUCGCUAGGCUGAUGCUGCUGCUCAAGGAUUUGGUGCAGGGAGACAAAACUGCUGCCUCUUCCAUCCGCUGAUCUCAACAUCUGCAUUUUCCUGCUGCUGUGCUCCCUCUCACACCCUCUCUCCAUGGACUGAUUUUUUGAUUUAUUUUUUUUUUCCCCCUAUUUGCGGGGUGGGGGGGGAGGGAAGGACGAGCGGAGAGCCAAGGCAUCGUGCUGAGAGGAGCAAAAAUUGCCUUUUUAUAUCUCACGUUCUGGUGGAUCCCUUUCGAGGUUAUUCAGCUUUUUUGGAAAAGAAAACAUGACGUCGCCAGCAAAAUUCAAAAAGGAUAAGGAGAUCAUAGCUGAAUAUGACACUCAAGUUAAAGAGAUCCGUGCCCAAUUGGUAGAGCAGCUGAAAUGCCUUGACCAGCAGUGUGAGCUUCGGGUCCAGUUACUGCAGGACUUGCAGGAUUUCUUCCGCAAGAAGGCAGAGAUUGAGAUGGAUUACUCCAGGAAUUUGGAGAAGUUGGCUGAAAGAUUCCUGGCUAAAACUAGGAGCACCAAAGACCAGCAAUUCAAGAAGGAUCAGAACGUGCUGUCACCAGUGAACUGCUGGAACCUGCUGCUCAACCAGGUGAAGAGGGAGAGCAGGGACCACACCACCCUCAGUGACAUUUAUCUCAACAACAUCAUCCCACGCUUUGUCCAGGUCAGCGAGGACUCAGGACGCCUCUUCAAGAAGAGCAAGGAAGUGGGACUGCAGCUCCAGGAGGACUUGAUGAAGGUCUUGAAUGAACUCUACACGGUGAUGAAAACCUACCACAUGUACAACGCUGACAGCAUCAGUGCCCAGAGCAAGCUGAAGGAGGCAGAGAAGCAGGAGGAGAAGCAGAUUGGGAAGUCGGUGAAGCAGGAGGACAAACAGACCCCACGCUCCCCCGACUCCACCUCCAACGUCAAGUUUGAGGAGAAACACGUCCGGAGAAGCUCUGUCAAAAAAAUCGAGAAGAUGAAGGAGAAGCGCCAAGCAAAGUACACAGAGAACAGGCUGAAGGCAAUCAAGGCGAGGAAUGAGUAUCUGCUGGCCCUGGAAGCCACCAAUGCCUCGGUGUUCAAGUACUACAUCCACGACCUGUCUGAUCUCAUUGAUCAGUGCUGUGACCUGGGCUACCACGCCAGCCUGAACAGAGCCCUGAGGACGUUCCUGUCGGCCGAGCUCAACCUGGAGCAGUCCAAGCACGAGGGGCUGGACGCCAUCGAGAACGCCGUGGAGAACCUGGACGCCAACAGCGACAAGCAGAGGCUGAUGGAGAUGUACAACAACGUCUUCUGCCCCCCCAUGAAGUUCGAGUUCCAGCCACACAUGGGGGACAUGGAGUCCCAGCUCUGUGCCCAGCAGCCGGUCCAGAGCGAGCUGGUGCAGAGGUGUCAGCAGCUGCAGUCCCGGCUGUCGACGCUGAAGAUUGAAAAUGAAGAGGUUAAGAAGACGAUGGAGGCCACGCUGCAGACGAUCCAGGACAUUGUCACCAUAGAGGACUUUGAUGUCUCUGACUGCUUCCAGUACAGCAACUCCAUGGAGUCGGUGAAAUCCACGGUGUCGGAAACGUUCAUGAGCAAACCCAGCAUCGCCAAGAGGAGGGCAAACCAGCAGGAGACUGAGCAGUUCUACUUCACAAAAAUGAAGGAGUACCUGGAAGGCAGGAACCUGAUCACAAAGCUCCAGGCCAAGCAUGACCUCCUUCAGAAGACCCUGGGAGAAAGUCAGCGGACGGACUGCGCCCUGGCCAGUGGCAGGCGCAGCUCCACCGUGAGGAAGCAGGAUUCCUCCCAAGCCAUUCCUCUGGUGGUGGAGAGCUGCAUCCGCUUCAUCAGCCGGCACGGUCUGCAGCACGAAGGAAUAUUCAGAGUGUCUGGGUCGCAGGUUGAAGUCAACGACAUCAAAAACGCAUUUGAGAGAGGGGAAGAUCCCUUGGCUGGGGACCAGAACGACCACGACAUGGAUUCCAUAGCAGGAGUCCUCAAGCUCUAUUUCCGAGGCUUGGAGCACCCCCUCUUCCCCAAGGACAUCUUCCAUGACCUGAUUGCCUGUGUCACCAUGGAUAAUUUGCAGGAGCGAGCGCUGCACGUCCGGAAGGUGCUGCUGAACCUGCCCAAGACCACCCUGAUUGUCAUGAGAUACCUCUUUGCAUUCCUCAAUCAUUUAUCUCAGUUCAGUGAGGAGAACAUGAUGGAUCCCUACAACCUGGCCAUCUGCUUUGGGCCCACGCUGAUGUCCGUGCCCGAGGGUCACGACCAGGUCUCGUGCCAGGCUCACGUCAAUGAACUGAUCAAAACCAUCAUCAUCCAACACGAGAACAUCUUCCCAGGACCCAGGGAGCUGGAGGGCCCGGUCUACAGCAGGGGUGGAAACACAGAGGAUUACUGUGAGAGCCCUCACGGAGAGAGAGCCCUGGCAGAGGAUUCGGUGCAGGACGUCACAGCCGAGCACCACACCAGUGAUGAUGAGAGCGAGCCCAUCGAGGCCAUCGCCAGGUUUGACUACCUGGGCAGGACCGCGCGGGAGCUGUCCUUCAAGAAAGGCGCGUCGCUGCUGCUGUACCAGCGCGCCUCGGACGACUGGUGGGAGGGACGGCACAACGGCAUCGACGGCCUCAUCCCCCAUCAGUACAUCGUGGUGCAGGACACCGAGGACGGGAUGUCGGAAAGGUCCAGUCCGAAGUCGGAAAUAGAAAUAAAUUCUGAGCCACCGGAGGAGAAAGUGACGGCCAGAGCCGGUGCCAGCUGCCCGAGCGGGGGCCACGUCGCGGAUAUUUACCUUGCAAACAUCAACAAGCAAAGAAAGAAACCAGAGUCAGGCAGCAUCAGAAGAGCGUUCCGUCAAAGUGACAGCCACGGCCUAGGUAGUUCCCUGGCAGAACCAGCCUCCCCCGGAGCCAUAGCCGGUUCCAGGCCCUCAUCUCAGCCCAUUAUGAGCCAAAGUCUUCCCAAGGAGGUUCCAGACAAAUGCUCCAUCAGUGGCCACGGCAGCCUCAAUUCCAUCAGCCGGCACUCGUCGCUGAAGAGCAGGAUGGACAGCCCGCAGAUCCGCAAGGCUGUCACGGCAGGGAGGUCCAAGAGCUUCAACAACCACCGGCCCAUGGACCCCGAGGUGAUUGCACAGGACAUUGAAGCCACCAUGAACUCGGCCCUGAACGAGCUGCGGGAGCUGGAGAGGCAGAGCAGCGUCAAGCACACGCCCGACGUCGUCCUCGACACCCUGGAGCCCCUGAAAACGUCCCCGGUGGUGGCCCCCACCUCGGAGCCCUCCAGCCCCCUGCACACCCAGCUGCUCAAGGACGCUGAGCCCCCGUUCCAGCGCAGUGCCAGCACGGCUGGGGACAUUCCCUGCACCUUCAGGCCCGUCAAGUCCGUUAAAAUGGCCACGCAGGUGAAGCCGCCGGCCACGCGGCCCAAGCCCGCCGUGUUCCCCAAAACCAGCGCCACCAGCCCCGGCGUGGCCUCCUCCGCCCCCCAGCAGCCCCCUGACAAGUCCUGUACUGUCUGAUCCGCCCCCUGCUGCUCUCUGGGUACAACUCCUGCUGUUCCAGAUGAGGAGAACUCUGUCAAAGACAUUAAAAUUCCCGUUUAACGAACGCUUGGGCUGAAGGUGGGUCGUGAGCUGCUCCUGAGCGGCGACAGCCUCGUGCCACGUCCCCAGGACAGCUCCUGCCACACUUGGGGAAUCCACAAUCCACGAUCCACUGUGAAGCUGAGCAGGAAAACACCAAGGGACGAGUUGGAAUUUGGUUUCGAUGCCUUGUUCAAGUGUUCGGCCGCUGGAAGGAACAUUUGGUGGUGUCCUGUUUUUGGAUGCUGGUGUAGUGACUUCUAUAUUCUGUGUUUCAUUUACCACAGGGAAACAAUAGGAUAGAUUUUAGUCUAUUGCAUGUUUUGGUGCCACUGGUUACGUGGAGCUUGGACAUGCCUGAUUCUUGUGCAUUAUUAUAAUUAUAAUUAUAAUUAUUAUUAUUAUUAUUCCCUCUCCCGCUGGUGCCACGGUGGUUAAGGGUCUGUCUCGACUUCCAUCACAUCCUCUGGUUUUGUUUGUUUGCUCCCCAUUCCUCCCCCUCAGGGCCAAAGCCUUUGGCCAUCCAGCCUCAUUACUUUAGUUGUCAUGGAAAAAAUAGUUUACUCUGGAACACUCGUAGAUUUUGUGGAGUUCUACGUAAGAUGUGUCUGUGCAAAUAUAAACAAAGAUGUUCCCGAGGUCUGGGAGCACAAGAAAGAGCCCAGUUGUUGCUUAUGGACAAUCCUCACUGGUUUCCCCCUUUGCUCUCCCAUAUUUAAAGCAGUUUUUAUGUUUCCAGUGUCACUUUCAGCCCGUGGGCUCUGACGCGCUGUUUGCUCCCGGGGGACUGAAUGUACAAAAAUCACAACCCAGACCAUUGUGAGAAGGAGGUGCUCUGCUGGGAGCCCACCCCCAACACACACCCUGCUGGUUUGCCCGUUCCUCAGGACAGAUCCUGGCCCCAAGCCCAGCGCCAAGCACUGUAAAAACUGUAAAAACUGUAAAAACUCCGCUCAGGAGUUCUCCAGCUCCCUGCCUUGUCCUGCCCGGGGCACCUCUGCUCUUAUAGAGCAGUGCAGGGAGCUCUGCUGGGGACAGGGUUGUGACAGCACCUCUGGAGUGGCUCCCCUCCUGCUCCACGCAGGACUGACCUGUGAAUGAAUUCUUUGCUAUUAUUUGUAUUUAUCCGUAGCCAGCAGCACCCACGGACUCGUUUGUACUCCGCCGGGAGCUCUCUCGCGUUAAUUUAAUUUAAUAAUUGAGAGGAGUGCAGACUGGCUGACCCCCAGCUCGCCUCAUUCCCCAAAUCCUCGGCUUUUCCAGGAUUUCAGACCAGCUGCACCUCUUAGGCUUCCGUCAAACAGGACCAGAUAAGGAAAGUCAUUUUUCUCACCCUUUCAAGCCGAGUUUCCUUUCAGUUUCUGGGUUCCUGGUGACUGCAAAGUCACUUUAAUUGGCGCUUGAAAAAAGAAGAAGCAAAGAAGAGUUGCUGAAAUGUCCUUUCCUGAUGGAUUUAGGAUGUUACCUGGAAAAAUGGAAUGGGGUCUUCGCGCAUCCCUGUCCAUCCCCACACGCACAACCCCCUCUCUGCAGAAGCAAUCAAUCCCUAAUUAAUGACUUUCCAAAAAAAAAAAAGCCAGCUUCCCCUGGGCCCUGCACGAAGGACAGGUGAGAAUUUGGGGAAGAUUUUGGUGAGAACAUUUCUCCUUUCCCCAUUUCUCCUGAGCUUUCCUGGGGAAGCCCCACGGUACGAGCGUGACUGUCCCUGCCCCUCCAGGAGAUGCCACCAGUGCCACCAGCGACCUUUGCUCUCAGGUUCUGAUGGACUUCCACCACCAAGGAAUCGCUUCUUCGUUUUGGGGGAAAAAAGAAAGAAAUAAAAUGAUUAAAACUCGUAAUUUUUUUGCUCAGGCAGAACUUUCUGGCGUUUCCUUUUUUAGUAAGAAUUUUUUGGGGUUUUUUUUUUUUUGAUUUCUUUUUUUAUUUUUUAUUUUUUUGGUCUCGAGUGACCGAAGUUAAUCUGUGUCAAGAGCAGGAUCUCUGUAAAUUGACUUUGCCUCGUUUUAAUGCCUUAUUUUCUUUUUAUAUUUUUAUGCCUAGCAUUCAAUAUUCCUAAGAAUUAAGUGUUCAGCCACGCACAGCACAUUGGAGGAGCUGCUCUUUUCCAGCUUCAAGGUCUGAAGUGUGGAAUUAGAUGGAAAGAAAACAAAAAAAAAUAAAAAUAAAAAUAAAUAUAUAUAAAAACGAAUUCAGGUUUUACUGUAACAGCAACUGUCUGUAUCUGGAUUAUUCCUGUGCUUCUCUAGCAUCCACAGCUCUGGGACAAUCCUGCUGCCAAGGGCUUGGCAGGAUCACCUGGAUAUGGAGCAACUCAACUGGAAUUGUGGUGUGCACUGUGAUUGACACAAGCAAUAGGACAGGCUGCAGCUCGUCCUUCCUCUUCCUCAGAGGAGAGCGGGGCGAUGAAACCGGAGACUCACACGUGAAAUUUGGGGGGGAAAAAGGAGAUUUUUCAGCUUGUCAGCCUCGCUCUGUGAACACACAAGGCUGAGAGGACGUUUGCCAUGUUUUGUGAGCAGGAAAAGGGGGAAGGAGCAGCUGGGGAUGUUCCCUCCCUGCGGAUCCCGGAGAGGAGCACGCCGUGCUUUGCUUGGGGAGGUACAAAUGGCACUCCACAUCUUCACAUCCCGAGGGAAUUCGUAGCUCUUCCACAGAAAUCCUCUUCUCGUGACUUUCGUUGUGUCGAAUAUAAAAGACAAAAGAAGUGUUUGAUAACUGGAAUUACGUCUGUCUGUUCCAUAGUGCUUUGUAUGAACCUUGUUCAUCAGGUGUGUUGGAUUGAAAUAAUCCAAAAGAGAAAAAAAAAACUAACAAAACGAUUUUAAAACAAAAAACGGUUUUAGGUGAUCAAUCUGAAUGGUUUCUGAAGCUCUGGGUUAUUUCCCUAGUUGGGAAUGGAGCAUUGUGCUUUAACCAUUGCUUAAUUUCUGCCUCUCUGAGGUCAUCCAAAGUUUAUGAAUUGUGAAUUUGUCCUUCGUGUCCGAGCAGUGGGACACGAUCAAACCCUCUCACUUUAUCUCUACUGGGUAUUUUAUUGCAAUGAAAAUGAGGAAAUAAUUAGAGUGCACUGUGACAGCAGAACAAACAAACAAACAAAAAAAAAGUUGUUGUAUAUGUCUGUAUUUUGAUACCUGUUCAAAAGGAGUCUUUGGGUUUCCUGUGCUGAAUACCUCAUGUGUUGGGUUUUGGGAGCUUUUGUUAAUAUUUUUUUUUUUAAUUAUUUUUAUUUUUUUUAUUAUUUUUUUUUUCUUUUUUUAAGGCAAGAUCGUUCUUGCACAAAAGUAGGUUAAGAUAACCGAGUUCUCAUAAAUUUAUUUACUGAAUCAAAACACUUCAGCUUGGCAAGAAAUCCCAUCUGUUUUAAUUCCCCACCUCGCACUGGGUACGGGGCUGACCCGGCGCACCUGGAAGAGCUCCAGCAAUACUGGGACAGGAGAAAUUCCUUGCAGGUGGAGUUUGCUGCCUUAUUUCUCUUCUUCUCUGUGUCAAAAACCUCAAAUCCAGUGGAUGGUGGCGGAGGUUUGGGGAUUUACGGAGCUUUUUUGGGAGAUUUUUCCUCCGCAAAAAUCGGCGUCUCCGCUUCUGAGCACCGCAGAUCCUUCCCUGGGGAGUGGGCUGGGGGCUCCGUGUGGAGGGGACACCUCCAGGAGGUGAUGCUCGCAGUGAGGAAUCAGGAAUUGAUGGGAAAACGCCCCAAAAAUCCCCACUGGGAUGGUUUGAUUCCACGAGAGGCUGAGCUCAGGCCCCUGGGCACGGUGGCGGAGGAAGGAGGUGGCUCUGUGUCCCCAGGUGAGGGGCACCUGUGCUUGGCAGGACCAAGCCCGGGGUGUCCCCCAAACACUGAACUCACCUGUGAGCCAAACUGCCUCAAAAACUGCUUCAAAACCCCAGGAAAACGGGAGCAUUGGGGCAUUUCCAUCGCUUUGGGGCCUGUCCAGGACAGAAAAUCGAGCUUAACAAGCCGGGGAUUUAUUUAUUUUGAGAUUUUUAGCUCUCACAAAAGUAACCAGCCCUUUUUUUGGGCUUAUCUGGCCUUGGCUAACGCCCCACUGGUGCAGUUGGGGGCACAAAGCUGUUCCUUAGUGGGCUGGCAGCACAAGAGGUGGGAAGGAGGGAACGUCCUUCCCCAGGGGAUGCUCUGGGGAAACACCGAGCACUUCACGGACUGAACUUUGGGCUUUGAGCUCUUCCCACAUCAGCUCUCUCUGUCUCUGUGUCUGUGUGACAACCUGGUACUUGAAAAUAAGAAAUAAAAAUAGAAAUACUUGACCCUCUGCCUGGUGCCUGCGGGGUCGGGAUGGCCCCGGCUGUGUCACGCACAAGCGGUUCCACCCACCAGAAGGCAGGUGAAUUCUUUUCCAGGCUCGGUUCUAGCAGCAAAACCAUCCAUUUGGGUGGUUCUAGAGAUGCCAAAACUGCGGUUCAAGGCCUGGAAAAUGCAAGGGUUUUGUUGGUUUGGGGUUUUUUUUUUUUUUUCCUGUUAAAUUUUGUGCUUCCUCUAACGAAGUUUGGGGUGAAAGUGUUUUUAACGAUGGGCCAAAAAGAGGCGAAGGUGGGGAGGGAAGGCGGAUUCCUGCCGUGCUUUUUGAUCUGCCAAGCUCCACACAGGGUAAACACCGAGCAGUUUGCAGCAGGAAUCGUAGGUGGGCACUGUGGUAACCUUCCCCCUGGACCCCACCAGCCUUUCCUCCAGCCUGAGACGUGAAGAACAACCCGAGCCCUGGGCUUGGGCUGGUGAGCGUGCCAAACUGCUGGAGCAAUACUCGUGAGCAGCAGCUCCUGCCAAAGCCCAGCUCCAUGUAGCUCAGACAGGGCGAUGGCUGAAAUCCAGCUCUGAUUUCCAAUUAUCCAUUUUUCCGAUUUCUGAGGCAGGAAAAGCGGGCUGCAAAACGUAGGAAUUGUGGUUUUCUGUCUCAACCUGGGGUUGUCAACGGCGGUUGUGUCAUGGUGGGAUGGAAUCUUCUUGCUAAAACAAGUUUCCACUGUUUUCAUGUCUUCUACACCAAUAUAUAUAUGGUGUAUAUAUUAAACUGUGUAAAAUUGUACUUUGUACAUAGAACUCUGUACAAUAUGGAGGUACAGCCUUUUUUUUGUUGUUGUUUGGUUGUUUUUUUUCCCCCCUCCCCCCUUUUUUGGUACAGUAUUGUACAGUAUUAGGAGUCGAUGUGUUGGAAGUGUUAAAUCCAUACUGGAGCAACAAAAUGUAUCCAUUGUCAUUAGCAAUAGUUUUGGAGAAAUAAAUGUUUUGGGUAUGGUGGAAACACUGA